AGAGAAACCCUCGCCGCCGCCUCGUCCUCCUCCCUCUUGUAUUCCCCUUCCCCUCUCCUCUCCUCUUCGGCGGCGGCUUGAGACAGAGACCGAGCGAGCUAGCUAGGGUUUGGCGCGGCGGAAGUCAGGAAGUCAGGGAGAGAGGAAGAUGAGCCGCAGCCUUGGGAUCCCGGUGAAGCUGCUGCACGAGGCGGCGGGGCACGUGGUGACGGUGGAGCUCAAGACCGGCGAGGUCUACCGGGGCUCCAUGAUCGAGUGCGAGGACAACUGGAACUGCCAGAUCGAGAACAUCACCUUCACAGCUAAGGACGGCAAGGUGUCGCAGCUGGAGCACGUCUUCAUCAGGGGCAGCAGGGUCAGGUUCAUGAUCAUCCCCGACAUGCUCAAGAACGCACCCAUGUUCAAGCGCCUCGAGGCCAGGAUAAGGGGCAAGGGGUCGGCCAUCGGCGUCGGGCGUGGCCGUGCUGUCGCAAUGCGUGCCCGGGCUGCUGGUGGACGUGGUGGUGGCCCCCCAGUUGGAGGAGGACGAGGUGGUGCGCCUCCCGUGAGGAGGUAGAUGAUGUGAGCUGAGCCGCUGUCUGAGUCGAGGAAGGAACUCGCUGCUGUCUUUGCUGGCGAAACAAACUGCUGCGGCAGCCAUGCUUGUGAGCUUAUGAUGUGCCUCUAGUUUAGUUUGUCGGUUUCUGCGAACCGAUUUUCUCUAUGUAUGAUGAUGAUGUAUUGCUGUUGUUAGCUGUAAACAUGAGACUUGAUGGUUCGUUUGAGGCUGUCAUUGGAAUGGAUUAUCUCUUGUGAAGCUUACUGCUACUAGUUUAUAUGAGUAAAACUAUGAACAUUAUCUUCCUGAUCAA